GUCCCGAUCGUACAGUGCGGUGCACUCGCGUAACCGUCGCUUGACCGUGUCCGUGUCCGCCCGGUGAUUGAUCUUGUCCGGAGUGAUUGUUGUGUGAUUGACGCUGCUUUAAGGAAGUGGUGACAUUUGUGGAAGAAAAAUAUAAGCACUAUUUGCUAAGGAAAAGUGAACAUGCCAAAGCGGAAACGGAGCAAAUCACCCAAUUUGGAUUUAAUAGAAGACGGGUUCGAUGAUGAGUUGGAUUCUAAUGACGACAAACAGGAUACUCCGGUUCAACGAAAUGCAGCCAACGCUCGGGAACGGGCUCGAAUGCGCGUUCUGUCCAAGGCUUUCUUCAAUCUCAAACGUAACAUCCCGUGGGUGCCCGCGGACACCAAACUCUCCAAACUGGACACCCUACGGUUGGCCAAAAACUACAUCACCUACCUGGCGGCCACCCUGGACGGCCAAUCAGUCGAGGACUUUUCCACGAACUUGGCCCAACCACCCAAAACGGCCUGGCCAUUCAUAUUCCAACCGGUGCAAUCUCACGAAGCGACUAAACCCGGGAAGCUGGUUCCCGUGACACAGAGCACCGGUGGCAGUAGUACGGAAAAGUGGCCCAACAUUCGAACUAGCAGCAACGGGGCGACGGCGGCAACGACGUCCACUGAAAACAAUAUCAAAUCUCAGAAUUUCUCGCCUUCGAUGACGGCCAACGCAACAUCUGCGACGGCUGGUGGCAGAUCGUUUUCCACAAGUGAACAACAUUUCGGCGAAUCACGAGUCUCGUUGAGCCUCGAUCGCCACCAGCCGCAUACGGUCAUACACGCUUCUCAUCAUCAGCAGCAUAAUCAACAUCCGCAUCAUCAUCACCAUCACCAUAUGACAGUGGCGACGGCUGGGAUCGAAACGAGCAAUCAUAUGCACAGCUUCCACCAUCAUCACAUGGCCAUGGGCAGUGAUUGAAGAAUCGAAUGUUG